CCAGUCAGUGCACAGUGCAUAUCAAAAGUUUCUAAAAAGAAAUUACGUUUUACCCCAUUUUAAAAAAGAAAUUACAUAGCAUUGAAGUUAAAUAUUAAUUAAAUGUUUGCCUGAGUGACGGCAGAAAAAAAUAUUAAAGACGAUUAAUCUUGUAAAAUGUUGAAGCAUAAGCAUAGUCCAAAAAAGUAGAAGACGAAAUAGGUUAUAUUAUUAUUAUCAUAUUUGUAAACAUUAAAAUUACAUAAAAUAAUUUACGAUGAAUAUAUUACCUAAAAAGAGGUGGCAUGUCCGUACUAAAGAAAAUAUCGCUAGAGUAAGAAGAGAUGAAGCAAAAGCUUUGGAAGAAGAAAAGGCUCGACAAGAUAGAGUAAAGCUAGCUGAAAGAGAGGCUAGAAGGGAACUGUUAUUGAACAGAAGUCGAUCUACAACUGGAUUCAAACCUGAUAUUGACAUAAAAGAAGACACAAAUGAUAACAAGCAUAUUAAUUUUUUUGAAGAGUUGGAAGAAGGCACUGCUGAGAUAAAACAUGUAAAUAAGGAACAUGAAAAAGAGAAGAAAGAAGAAAAAGAGAAGUAUGAAAAGCAGAUAGGGUAUCUGACAUAUUUAGGGCAAGAUACCAAUGAAGCUUUAGGCAAGAAAAGUUGGUAUAACAUUGCUCCUGAUAGAUCAGAUGUAAAGCAUGAAGUGAACUUAAAAACUAAAAUUAGGGAAGAUCCUUUGCAUAUGAUUAAGAAGUACAAUCUAGAAAGCGACAAAAAAGCAACACAUGAUAAUAUUCCAUCUACUAGUAGAACCGUGAAAGAAUCAGAUUCAAUUUGUAGACAAAUAUCAGUGUCGAAACAAACGAAGAAACAUAAACAUAAAAAACACAAAAAGCAUAAAAAACGCAAGUAUUCAACAUCGUCAGAAUCUUCGGAAGAUGAUACGGAACACAAAAUUGAGAAACAAAAAGAACUUGAAAUCUUGAGAAUUAAAAGAUUAAAGAGAGAAGCUGAAGAAAGAGAAAAGACAAAUGCAGUACUAUCAAAAUUAAAGAAGAAAGAUGUUGAACCUGCAGAUAAUAGCACUAAAGUUAAUAAUUUUAAGGCAAAAUACAAUUCACAAUUUAAUCCAUAUUUGGCAAAACAAAAUUAUACCUAAUAUAUUUAAAAAUUA